UUUGAACUUAUAAAUCCCAUAAAUAUUUGCCCCCUUUUAUCCAAUUGAUAACUCAAAUUGCUACUCCAGUAGUUAGGGUACCGCCAGCGCCAUUUCAAACGGCGCUACGGCGGACUGUAAAUUCACAUUUUUGGUUUGAAUUUCUAUAAUAUUCUGUCUAUGGCGUCAGUGAAUUGGGAAGACGAAGACGAAUUUGAGGUGGUUAACGAGGAUGGGUUCGUCUACAAGCGUCGAAAAAGGUAUCAUCUUGAUCCAACUGCUUCCAUUGCUCAGAAGCAAAAAGAUCCGGUCGUUGAGGAGAAAAAUCGACUGUUAAGGAAGAAAAAGGUGCUCAUGAAAAUCAAAGAUAAAUACCAAAACGAGAUUAAUCAGUGGGAACUUUUAUCAAAUACAUUGAAGGAAAUGCAGCAGCAAAAUCAGCCAAAACAUCAGGAUAGCUGUGCCACUACUGCAUUAAUCGACUCGGGUGACCCGUUGGUUGUGUCAUCGGAUCCGACUUGCCGGCCUCUUGUUGAUCAGCUUCUUGUUCAGGACUUUGGCAGACCUUCAACAAAGACCACGCUAAUAAAAGUCCAAGCUUGGAAGGGUACGUCUAGGGGUUGUAAUGGUCCAGGACUGGCUACAGUUUCAGGCUUGCACCUCUGGCAGAUGUCACAAGAUGAAGCAUACUCUUGCACCUCCUUCUUCAUGCGAGGCCAAUAGAAAUAUAGUUGCAUCCUUUCAGAGUCCCUUGCCGGCCAGAGUGAUCUCCCAGGGAAGUAGCACGCAAAAUGUCUAAUAUAUGUUGCCUCAAGGCUGUCACAUUACCGGCUUACCCACAUAUACCUUGCCUUUAUAUCUCAGUAUCCCCUGGUUUAAGGUAUAGUAAUGGUGUGCACUAGGAUCAAUUGUCAACUCAGUAAUGAGCUUCUGAGCUUUUUCAUCUCCAUCAUAGCUCUUUCCACCUCCUGCAUCCACACCGGUAGAACUGUAGUUAUGCUCAUAGCUUGCCCUUCCUCUGCCCUUUUGGAUAAGGCAUCAACUACCGUAUUCUCAGACCCCUACUUAUACUGUGUAUAUAAUCCAACUUCAACAGUUUGGUCAGACUCUUCUGCUGCAGGCUGUGGUGAUUAA